AUGCAGAGGGUCAACUUAUCAACAGCAUCAGAAUUUGUUCUUGUGGGCCUUUCUGAUGCUCCCCAAGUCCGUUUUCUUCUCUCUGUGCUGUUCCUGAUUAUUUAUCUGGCUACCAUGGCAGGCAACAUCAUGAUCCUUAUUGCCAUUAGCACAGACACCCGUUUGCACAACCCCAUGUACUUCUUUCUGGGCAACUUAUCUCUACUGGAUAUCUUAUGUCCCACUGUCACCGUGCCAAAGAUGCUGGAUGCCUUGUUGCUUGAGAACAAGGUGAUUUCCUUCCCUGGCUGUGUGCUGCAGCUCUUCUUCCUCAUCGAUGCUGUAGGCACAGAGAUUUUCCUCCUGGCUGUGAUGGCCUAUGACCGUUACAUUGCCAUAUGUCACCCACUGCAGUACAUGCACAUUGUCAGCAUGAAGCUGUGUGCUCACCUAGCCAUUGGCACCUGGCUGGUGGGGCUUGUCAAUUCUCUCUUGCACACCUCUUUGAUUUUCACACUCUCUUUCUGUGGUUCUAAUGAGGUGGACCAGUAUUACUGUGACAUUCCCCCUGUGCUGGCCCUCUCCUGCUUGCCCACUUACAGCAGGGAGCUGGUCAUUCUCCUUGUGGCUGGGGUCCUUAGAAGCAGUGCCUUUGUGAUCACUCUGAUCUCUUAUAUCUAUAUCCUCUUGGCCAUCCUGAGCAUGAAGUCUUCUGAGAGCAGGCACAAAGCCUUCUCCACUUGUGGUUCCCACCUGACAGUUGUAUGCCUUUUCUACGGGACCACCAUCUGCACGUACGUGCGACCUUCCUCCACCUACUCACCUCAGCAGGACAGGAUAGUUUCCAUGCUCUAUGAAAUCCUCACCCUGCUGCUAAACCCCAUAAUCUACAGUCUGAGGAACACAGAAGUCAAAUGUGCCCUAAGAAGAGUGGUCAGCCAGGUAAGAACUGCUUUAACAAGACAAGAACACCUCUCUCAGUCUUUGGCAUCCUCUGGACCCCCAGUAAUUGGGUAG